AUGAGUGCAUCGAUUAAUGCAGCCGAUAUCUUCAACGUCAAUGGCUUGGUCGCAGUCAUCACAGGAGGUGGAAGUGGAAUUGGACUGAUGAUGGCCAAAGCAUUAGCUGCAAAUGGAGCAUCAAAAGUGUUUAUCAUUGGGCGGCGUUUUUCCGUUCUCGAGAGCGCCGCAAAAGAAUCAAAAUAUGGCAAUAUCAUUCCGGUUCUGGGAGAUGUAACCUCAAGGAUGGAUUUAAAAAGCAUCACUGCGCAUAUCGACGUAGAAGCAGGACACGUUGAUCUCCUGAUCGCAAAUGCAGGAAUCAGUGGACCUGAUCUCCAGGGACUGUCUGAAUCUCCAUCAAUUGAGGAACUACAACAAACACUUUGGAGCCCGAAGCCCGAGACAUUUACAAACACUUACGCCGUCAACACGGCGGCCACAUUUUACACCGUUGUUGCGUUUCUACGCCUGCUUGACAAGGGCAACAAGAAGCGCAAUGGAGGACCACGAAGCCAGGUUGUGGCUACCAGUUCCAUCUCGGGAUUUAAUAGGAACGUUCCGGGUGGUUUUGCAUAUGGGGGGAGCAAAGCUGCCACGACGCAUAUGAUGAAACAGUUUGCAACAUUACUUGCGCCUUAUGGGAUUCGGAGUAACGUCAUCGCUCCCGGAAUAUAUCCGUCUGAAAUGACAGCCGCAAAUAUGGCCAAGCAAUCAGAGGAAAUGAGGAAGGUUUUCCCGGCUUCAGAUAUACCAGAGCAGCGGAUGGGCGAUGAGCAAGACGUGGCUGGCGCGAUCCUAUUCCUUGCCUCCAGGGCCGGGGCAUAUUGUAAUGGGAAUGUGCUCGUAACUGAUGGCGGGCGACUCAGCGUGACGCCGGCCUCCUACUAG